CAUGGCUGCACGACCUCUGCAACCCUCCGAAUAUGAGAUUCAACGGGAAGUCGAAGCCCUGAAGGAUCUCAGGAGACGUUCCACGAACCCCGGCGCUCUCACCAUCGACCCAGACUUGCCCAAUCAGUCCCCGCCUGGAUCACCCACGUCGCAGUAUUGGUCCAAAUCACCCACUCAUUCUUCUUCUAGCGGUGACAAGACCUCUCGCAGUGGUUCUAACCCGACCAUCUCAUCCCCAGAUCAGGCUGGCGCAGCCGGUGGCAGUCGACAGGAUGCACCGAACAAUCCCGCUGACGAUCCCUUCCAUCUCUUCUGGGUCCCAGCAGGCUUACAUCCCGAGAUUGCGCCUGCAGAAUUUCGCGCCUUUCUUAAGGAGCAUGCAAGAGCUCCUCCGGAUGAUUCGUCUUCGAGAUCCUCUUCACCAGCAUCCUUGUCUUCUUCGUCAAGCCUCAGUCGGAAAAGGUCUAUGUUAAGCAGGCAAUACCGACCAAAAGAAAACGACGGCGUUGAAGAAGAGAACAUUGUUCCUUUGAAGCGCAAUCGCAGUCUUUUGUAUCCCACCAAUCCAGGGCCGCAGCUUACAAUCAGCGAUCUCCAGAAGUUAGAAGAAUUGGCUGAAGAGGCAUCCACGAGUGACGACCCAUCGAGGCUCCGGAGUGUACUAAGGAGGAGUUUAAGCAUGAAUUUGUCGCCCACAGCCCUCGACUUGAUGGAUGAAGUACCCGACAUGGGUGAUGAGGCCGACGCUCCUAUCAUCGUUCCACCUCCUGGACAAAUUCUUCGCCGAGCUGCGCGGACGAAGAUACGUAAACCUGGUUUGCCAGGAGAUGGUGGUGGGCAUCGGUUUGCCUCCUCAAGAAGAGGCGCAAGUGCCAAAGCCUCUCAACAACAACAACAACCUGCUGAAGCAAGAACUUCUAGCGAAGUGUCCUCCAGCGAUCACGGUGACGAAUUGACGGGAGGUGUCAUACGUCGCCUAACCUUCUCUGAUGAAAAUGUUCAGCCACGGCCGGAGUCAUACAGUGAAGAAACCUCGAUAUACGAUUCCUAUGCCAGAGAAGAUGACGACGAAGAUGUGUCCUAUACGCCUGUCCUAUUGACACCACAGACCCAGGAAUCUUUACCCCUACCGAUGGAGGAACCCCGUACUACACCCGUUUCCGAAGCUAUAUCCAUACAACCUGAGCCGACUCCACCCCCCGUUCUCCACCAGCCUCAGCCGCAUCGCUUGGUUGUACCGCAACCCGUGCCAGACCAGCUCUCUCGGACUCCCUCUCCAAUAGAAUCAGUCCCUGAACGCCCCCCUCAACCUCCGACGCCUGUUUAUACGAUCCCUUCACCUCCAAUUUCCACUCCAAUUUCCACUCCGAGUCCGCCCCUUCAAGCUCGAAAAGAAAAGGAUAAAAAGGGGUUGUUUGGUAAAUGGGGUAGUGAUAAGGGCGGCAAGAAGGGCAGCAAGGAUAACAGGGAACGUACCUCGGAGAAGGAGAAGGACUCUGGCUUCUUUGGUUCACUCUUUGGUAAGAAGAAGUCAGACUCGGAAUAUCAGUCCUCGAUGACUGGUGGCACGGCUGGGCGAGAGGCUGCGCAAGCUCUACUCGGCGCUUCGAAGUCAUCAAAAAACUACGUACCACCAACAUCACCUGGUUUGGCACCUGGAAUCGGCGGAAAUCCUUAUGCAAGAUACCCAAUACAUGUGGAAAGGGCUAUCUAUCGACUCAGUCAUAUUAAACUUGCGAACCCGCGACGUCCAUUGUACGAGCAAGUGCUCAUCAGUAAUCUCAUGUUCUGGUACUUGGGAGUUAUCAACAAGGCCCAGAAUCCUACUCCCAAUACUCAAGCCAGUCCCAAUGGAGCUCCAAUUGCGACUGGUGGGAGCGAUGGUCGGGAAGAAGCCGAGAAAGAGGAACGUGAGCGAGAGCAGAAAGAGAAGGAACAUCGAGAGAUCGCAGAAAGGGAGCGUCUGGAGCGCGAGAGGUUGGAGAAGGAACAACGUGAACGCGAGAUGGAGCAGAAGAAGAAAGAGUCUGGAAGGCGUGGUUCGCUUACCAAAACGCCUGUUGGUGGCCAGCCAGGUGGUGGACGUCGUGCGGAAAUGCCUAUCAAAGGACCUCAGUACGAGAUGCAGCAUCGGGUCAUGGAGCAAGAAUAUGGAGGAUACGCUGGCCAACCACCCCGCAGCCCAACAACAGGCCCACCCAUCAACGGCGGCCCUCCUCGUCAAUACCAACGUCCGCCACAACCUUUACCGUAUAACGAACCUUUGAAAGCGGGCCAACCGCCGCUGAAGCCCCAAUCAGAGCAGUAUUACUAUCAGCCACAGGCCGACGCUCCUCAACCACGUCCAGGACUACCCCCAGGUGCGAUGCCGCCUGUCGAUCAGUCAGCUUGGGGCUCGCAGCCAACAUCUCCUGUACCGCUGUCGCCACAACACCGACAUCCAUCUCCUGGGCCUCGUCGUUCUCGUUCGCCACCCAGUCAUCAGAACCUGCCUCCCCAUAAACAACCACCCAUGUCACAGCUGCAUAAGCUUAACACUUCGCAGGAGAGCUUGGGAGAUAGUCGUAGUGGCCAACGCGGUCCUCAUCGAUCACUAUCCGCUACGGCCACGGCUUCUCCACCUCUGCCCAAUGGCAAUCUUCGCAAGGGCAACAGUGCCCACGCUGUGACCUCAUUCGAUACACGGCUGACGAGCGAAGGACGGCAACCCAUGUCACCGGGGAAUGGCGAAGAGGAGGAUGUGCCUUUAGCGGUUUGGCAACAGCAGCGACGAAAAUG